AGCCGUUGCAGCACAAAGAGCGGGGCAUGCGCUUAAUGGGGCCGAGCGAGGACAGAUGGUUUGAUCUUGCACAGCUGGCAUGGACAGAGCAUACUUGGAUGGUGCAGCUGAACGAGAGCCACGGCUCCAUUUCCCAUCGCCCGUGCCCUUGGGGAGGUCACUUGCUGAAGUUCAGCUUCGAUCACGUGCACGUGUCAAACUGUGCUCAGGCGGCUGGUGUGAUGAUAAGGCCAGAGCUUCGACCUUUGGCCCGCGAGGGGGUCAACGUUCACCAGCAUGUUGCGCCCGGCGACGUCGUGCUCACAGGCCCCAGCGUCGCCAUCAAGGUUGGCGACGAAUGUGAGGGCGAGGCCGUGCGCCGUUUCGCUGCCCUCUUUGGCAACCUGGGCGCCCCCUUCUUCAUAUCGUUCGACACCCAGUCGCCAACCGACAACGUGACCCCCGAGCGGAUGGCGAUACGCCAGCAGCGGCGCACCAACUUCCCGGAGCGCGGGGAUGUGACGACCCUGUCCCGGGUCAAGCGCCCACAAAAGGAGGCACUGAUGGUAGCCAGAUCUGAUGGGGAGAGCACUUUCCGUGUAUGCUUUAUCUUCAACGAGCCCGUGGUUGUGUCCGCGCACUGGGUACCCGAGUGCCUUCGACUGAUGCUGAAACUCCUCCGCCAAGAGCUCAUCAGAACCAUCAACCGUCCUCACCUUGCCGACCUUCGCAAAGCGGAUCAGGACUUCUACGUGAUCUUGAGCAUGCAGCAUUUCAAGCGGGGUCCCCCCAUGCUUCCUCAUGCCGGACCUUCAGAGCCAGAUGUUUGUAUCUCCACUGAACGCGGCCCAAGUGCCUGGAGCCGCUUUCCGCAGCAAAAGGGUUUCCAGGCUGCCCGGUACAUGCAACUCUUCCUUGAGCGUUUGGGCUACGAUGUCCACGUCUUCGACUGCUUGGACGGCCGAAGACUGGUGCCCUACCAGUGCGCCAUCCGCCGGGACGUGUGGCAGAAGCUCCGCGACAACUUGGCGGAGGCCUUCGGGCUGCAGAGGUCCGCCUACCGCCGCGCCAACGGCGGCCCGCAGGCGCCGGAGCUGCGGGAGGACUUGCAGGCCAACUUGAGGCUGCCACGGAGAUCUUGGGAUUUGGUCCUCCAAGUACCACGUCCACUCCGGUGGCCACGGGUGGUGGUUCGGCGGACCUUCCUUGAAGUCGAGGAUGAGCAUGAAGAGGGCCCACACAUGGCCCGCGCGAAUACAAUAAAAUAAUCCUACGUACGCCAGAUUCCAGUCCAUGUUAGUGGAGCUGGCAGCUUCCUUGGCCGCCGU